AUGAAAGCAGCAUGUAUAAUCCUAACGGCAAUCGUUUUAGUCGCCAUAAUGGCCGUGUGCGUUAUGGUAAAAUUUGCAACAGAAAUAACCGUGGAAGAGAGGAAACGGGACUACCUGCCUGGCGCUGGAGUCUACCAUGUCGCUAAAUCAAUAGCUGUUAUUUCUCUAAACGACAACAACAGUGUAUCUAUAGCAGAAAGGUUUCCAUACGUGGCCGCCAUCGCCAGGAACGCUUCCUCACAGUGGUCGUUCGCUUGUUUCGCCAGUGUUGUACUCGUGAAGUGGAUCGUAACUUCUGCGCAUUGCAGGAAAAAGGGCGCGACGCAUAGAGUGCUGUUACUGCACGAUUAUGCGAGGAACAUCAGUGCCUCAUACCCAAUUCUGUACUGGAGGAUACAUGAAAAAUUUAACCCGAAUAGCACGAUGCCCAUGUACGAUAUAGCAGUUGCAAAAUUCAAUAUAGAGUUACCCACCACGCUACGCUCGUCGACAUUUGACGAAAGGCAGGUUUUGCACUUCGACGCGAGCAUUUGGAAGACCGUUUCAAGUAUGGAUAGGCGCGUCUAUUUGAUAAAUGAUUUCGACAGUUUCGAAAUGAAAUUCGCGCCAAACAGCCGAUGUUAUGAGAGCUUUGGCGUUCAAAUAGACGAGAGUUUAAUAUGUGUAGACAUGUCUGAUUAUGAGGAUUGUUUUGUACAUGAAUUUGGACCUUUGUACUCGGGGGAUAAGUUGGCGGGUGUGUUGGCACUCAAGCCACGAGAUUGUGAAGUAAAACUAGCGAUAUUCACAAAUGUUUCGUAUUUUGCUACUUGGGUUUUGAAAUUGACGCAUACGACGUUUUAUGGAUGA